AUGAGAAGAAACUUCACCUCGGUGACAGAGUUCAUUCUCCUAGGAUUGACCAAUCGCCUGGAAUUGCAGAUUUUCUUCUUCGUGCUGUUUCUGGCAGUUUACAUGGUCACGGUGGCAGGGAACCUUGGCAUGAUUGUCCUCAUCCAGGUCAAUGCCCGGCUCCACACACCCAUGUACUUUUUCCUGAGCCACUUAUCCUUUACAGAUCUGUGCUUCUCUUCCAAUGUGACCCCAAAGAUGCUGGAGAUUUUCCUUUCAGAGAAGAAAACCAUUUCCUAUCCUGCUUGUCUGGUGCAGUGCUACCUUUUCAUUGCCUUGGCGCAUGUUGAAAUGUAUAUCCUGGCUGUGAUGGCCUUUGAUCGGUACAUGGCCAUCUGCAACCCUCUGCUUUAUGGCAGCAAAAUGUCCAAGAGUGUGUGCACAUCCCUCAUCACGGUGCCUUAUGUGUAUGGAGCACUCACUGGCCUGAUGGAGACCAUGUGGACCUACAACCUAGCCUUCUGUGGCCCUGACAAAAUUAACCACUUCUACUGUGCUGACCCACCACUGAUUAAGCUGGCUUGUUCUGACACCCACAACAAAGAAACUUCAAUGUUUGUUGUGGCUGGAUGCAACCUCUCAUUUUCUCUCUUCAUCAUUCUUAUUUCCUACCUUUAUAUUUUUUCUGCUAUCUUGAGAAUCCAUUCCACAGAAGGCAGACGCAAAGCUUUCUCUACCUGUGGCUCCCAUCUGACAGCUGUCACUAUAUUCUAUACAACUCUUUUUAUCAUGUAUCUCAGACCCCCCUCAAGCGAAUCUGUGGAGCAGGGAAAAAUGGUUGCUGUAUUUUACACCACAGUAAUCCCUAUGUUUAACCCCAUGAUUUAUAGCCUUAGAAAUAAAGAUGUAAAAGAAGCAUUAAUCAAAGAGCUAUCAUUGAAAAAAUAA